AUGAGUAUUUCGGGCCAAAUUGUUAGAAUCAACAGUAUAGUAAAAGAGAAAGGAAAGAACAAAACCCAAUAUAGUGUUUCGGUAGUCUUAAAGGCUCGAGGACAGAUCUUUGAUUUAAGUAUGCACUCGCCGGCUGAUGAGAAGUUAGCAAGGCUCUUUACUCCAGAGGGUGUAGAGGUAGGAAAGAUUGUAGAGGUAGAAAAAGGUGUAGUAGUUGCGAGUCUAGGAAGUAAAGAAGACUUAGAGAGCGAGAUUGGGCCAUCUGAUAUUUUUGGCGGAAUGGCCCCUCGUAUUGUUCAGGUUAAAGCUCUAACUCAGUAUUGUACUUUGUUGACCCGCUUUCUCUUAGGCCGGCAAGAAAGGAUGCCGACAACCAAUACGUAUACUAGCCGAGUAGUUAAGUAUGUGAAGUGUUUAAAGACAUACCAGAGCUGCUCUUUUCUGGUAAUAACCAAGGGAACAAUUACUAAGAACAAUCGCGUUUAUUUGCAGUGCAUUGAUGAAGAUGAGACAUACUGUGAAGUCAUUCUGGACGGAUACUUUAGCCAGACUCCAUUUCAGUAUAAGGAGCUACUGCUUCUAACUAAUGUACAGGUUGUGUCCAAAGAAGACCCUCGGUAUAUACCAGGGCAUUAUGUUUUCUAUACGGAAGCAACCACACUUAUUGAACGGUCACCAAUUCUAACUCACCCGAGGAUGGAGAAGCGAUUGGCAUCUCUUGCGAUGCGCACUAUUCACGCAACAACCAUUGAAGAGACCUUUUCUAUUACACAAGACUGUAUUUUGCACUUUAAGGGCCGGAUUCUGAAGGUAACUCCUGCCACUCGAGAGCUUAUUAUCUCAGACCAUACCGGGUCCAUUUUAGUGUUGGUAUCUAAGCAAGAGAUGGAUGAGCUGACUAAAGGAACAACCUCCUCUGGGACUGCCUUUGUUCUUCCUAGUGAGAGUUUAGUGUUUACUCGGGUGUCUGUUAGAGCGGUCGUAUUGUUUUUAAGCCGCCGGCCUGUUUUACAAAGUGUGGCUGUCCAGCGGGCCCAAACAGAAUGA